AGUUCACCUUUGAUGUAGUUGUAUUGAUUGACAGAUGUUUUAUAGGCCAUACAAAUUUGAGGUUGGAAUUCGUGAGGAGACGAGAGAAGUGUUAUUCAUUGUCUUAACAGUAUUCAACAAUUAAAGAAUGGUUAAGUGAUAGUAGUGAAUCACAGCUUCACACUAAGAUUUUAACAGAAAUAUUUACAAAUAAUUAAAUGUUAAAAUGCUCUCGAGGAAAAACAGAGAUUUGAGAACUAUCAAGGAAGGUGUAGUUGGAAAAUAUGUCAAGAAAGAAACACCUCCAGAAAUGCCCAUAAUCAAUGUAUGGACGACGGAGCCCACCAAGAAGUCACAUAGACGGAUUAACCAGAGUCCUUCACCAACCACAAGCACUGUGCAGGAAACCAGCAUAACUCAAAAAUUUGGUAAUAAUCGAAUUGCUCCCAACCUAGGAGGUCAUGAAGGAAAAUACACUCCAAGCAGUUCCGUCCCAGAUAUUGCUCAGAGGUUUGCAAGCAUGUCUGUGGGUAGUGGAAGUGGCAGUGAUGGAAGUGGAAGUAAUUCACGUUUGCCUCCCACGACAUAUGGAACAGCUUUGGUUCCUUCAGUAAGUCAUACAUAUUUCAACCAGUACACUGGAUCUGAGUACAGCCUGAAUAAAAUGCAGUCACCUCAGCUGAGUCCCAGCUAUAUUUCUGUACGUGGAUCAACAGAAGCUACUGACUUGCAUGAACGUAUUCCAAUCCACCAUGAAGUAAACUAUGGAAAUUCUUCAGUCUACCAUUCUCGUGUGGAAGAAUAUAGAGUAUCACCAUAUCAACAGGUCCCUGUGCCAUAUAAUCAGCAUGUGAGCAUCCAUCCUCUGCACACACCUAGACAUUCACACCAGAGCUUCCACAAUGCACCAGCCCAUUCAUCACCACACCAGCAAGCUCAGGGAGACCAGAAUUCCUCACAAGCAAUUGAUCAGACAGAAGAGUUGCCACUGCCACCUGGAUGGUCUGUUGAUUAUACAAUGAGAGGUCGAAAGUAUUACAUAGACCACAAUACAAAAACAACUCAUUGGAGUCAUCCUUUGGAGAAGGAAGGGCUCCCAACAGGUUGGGAGAGGAUAGAAUCCCCUGAAUAUGGUGUUUACUAUGUAAAUCAUAUAACCCGACAAGCACAGUAUGAACAUCCUUGUGCACCACAUUACAUUUACCAGCCAGAGGCAAGAGUUCAGAUGGAAGUACAACCACGAAUGCUUGCACCACCACCAAGACAUACUCAUUUUCAUCCUCACAGUGUACUUGUUCCUGCAAAUCCUUAUCUGAAUGAAGAAAUACCGCAGUGGUUAGUUGUGUACUCCAGAGCAUCAAAAGAAUUGGAUCACAAGUUGAGAUGGGAAAUGUUCAGAUUACCUGAAUUGGAUUGUUUUAGUGCCAUGUUAACACGUUUAUAUAAACAAGAACUGGAGGAAAUAGUAAUGCGGUAUGAAGCAUACAGGGCUUCCUUGGUGCUUGAAAUUGAGCGACGUUUGACGGCUGCUGCUGAACAGUCGGGAGCUACCACAGAGCUAUUGAAAGAAGCAGCUUUGUCUCAGCAUGUAGAGACCAAAGUAUAACAUUAAAAAGUUAUUUUGUGACAUUUUUCAGUGAGAGAACUAGUCACCUUUAUAUUUUGAAGAAAGUAUUGAAACAUUUUGUAUAUUUUAAAAUGCAGGACCACUUGUUAGGUUUCUAUUAGUGAUUAUUUGUGUAUGUGGUAUGUAUAUAUGAGUAUAUUAUAUUAAGUAUGUGGACUUGAAGGGUUGAUAUAAAGUA